AUGUCUCAACAUUCGGCAUUUGUCGCGAAUCUUUCUCAGAAUCCACUAAGUCCAAUUAUAGAGCAAUUCCGAACUGAUUAUAGCGGAGGGGAUUCUCGUUCAAAAGGUAAUAAGUACUUGAUAAAUUAUACGGAUCAGGCUGACAGAGUAGCUAUUGCUAAAUUUUUAAGUGACUUGAGACAAUACUGUGAAGAUUUUUGGUACACAAAUAAGGAGUUGCUGCUCAAGAAAUUUAUCCUUAUGCAAUCUUGUAUUGUGGAUGAAUCAACUUACCCCUCUAUUUUUAAUCAUCUCAUUUAUGCCAUUGAACAAGACUACGAGGAAACUUUCAUCCUCCAAACUUCCAUUAAUCUUGUUGAAAUACUAUCAUGCUCCAUACUUUCACCGGUUCCAUUUCAACGAGUUCCAUGUUCUCCAAUUAAUAGCUUGAGCCCGGUUCCGCAUGUUGUUCGCGCAUCUCACAAUCAUCUUCCCCCGAAUCCUACAGAAAUAAAAAUCUCAAUAUUCUGGGAAAGAUUCUUCGAAGGAAAGUCGUGGUCUGAUCAAACAAAGCGUAUUUGGGAGAGCUAUGAAGAUUACAAAAAGAACGCUGACCCCAAGUAUUGCCGUCUCAACUUGGCUGAGCAAGGACUUUAUGGACUUCCAUCGCUACCGUCGGAGCAUUUUCCUACCGUUGAGAUAAAAGAAAAUGAUCUCCCGCUACGUGGAAAAAUCUAUCUUUUAACAGCCGUAGGUAGAAGAAAGGUGAGGUUCGUCCAACUGGCGACUUACGUUCGGAAAAUAUUUUGCGCACAACCACUUCGUCGUUUUGUGCAUGGAUUCUGCUUAUUCAAAAAUGAAAUUGAAUUCUGGCUGAUUGAUCGAACGGGUGCUUACAGUUCAGGCUUUAUAAGUAUUGAAGAUGAUGAGCAAGUUUUGGUUCGUGCCAUCUGCUCAUAUUUACUGAUGAGUGACGAAGAACUGGGCCUCGAUACAACCAUUCGCAAAGUCAAUGGACGGUCCAUAAUAACAAUUGAUAAUGAGUCCGGGCAGACUAAAGAGAUUGAGAUCAAUCCUUACCCCAUGGUCAGUCAACUAGAGCUUAUUUCAACUGGUACAACCUGCUAUCGCUCACUUGACGAUAAAUUUUUGGUAAAAUAUUCUUGGCGCAAGAUUUAUGGAAAAACUGAGAUUGAUUUGCUGAAAGUUGCCCGCCCGGUCAACGGUGUUAUUAAUCUAGUGGCAUCAGAUAUACUUCAUAGAUUUACAGACUAUUGGGAAAACCUCAAAUCUUUGGGUCCCAAAAGAUGGCACCUCAAGGGAAAAUAUCAAUCAGCAGGAAACUCUGAAGAAGCUGAGGAAGGAGAAUCAGAUGUAUUUAAAGAGUUUUCCCAACAAGAACUAACAAGAGUCGUUCUUUCACCAUAUGGACGUCCACUUAAAUCUUGUACAUCAGUAUUGCAAUUUCUUACUAUCAUACGAGAUGUCAUCAUGGGGCAUCAGCGUUUAUAUACUGAUAAAGAAAUUAUCCACUGUGAUAUCUCUGAAGGUAAUAUCAUUAUAGUAACACCAACAGAGGAUGAUAGAUCAAAAGGAAUGUUGAUCGACCUUGAUUGUUCACUUGCGCUCAACGACUAUUAUUUAUCAGACAAAAUACAAUAUGCGGUUGGCACUAUGAAAUUCAUGGCGCUUGAACCGAUGGAAGUGAGAAGUACAUCUAGAACUGGGCGGGAUUAUGACUUCAGGUAUUGUUGUUAUUAUGAUUUGCUAUCAUUUUUCUAUGUAUUCCUUACUGGAUGCGUCGAAUAUGGACGCGACCCAGGUCUUCCAGAGCUUAAUUUGAAUUCUUGGUGCUCGAUUGACAUGGAGUAUAACAUUAGAAACAAGAAAAAUGAUAUCGAGUUGAAUUUCAGAAAUUUUAUAAACAACAAAUUUUCAAACAGUUUCAUUGAUGCCAAGGAAUUAGCCAUAGAACUGCAAAAGGAGUUGUUUGGAAAACGUAGUUACUAUUACCGACAUUCUCGCCACGAGGAUUUCAUGUACAACAAUAUCAUCAUGGCAUUUAAUAGAACCAUCGGACAAAUUGAAGCGGGGAAAAUACCAAACAGAACGUGGACUAAUUAA